CCCCGUACCUGAUUUGAUUGAGUUUGUUAUUAUUGCUCCUCGUGGAGCACCACUGACCAUACCGGAAAUAUUCCUACGACCACUCACCUUUGCUUCCUGGAUGCUUGUGCUAGUGAUCGUUUUGUUCAGCUUUUUAGUGAUGUGGAAUACUGGGCAAUAUUUUCGCAACGAUCUGAUUUUGCUGCCAUUCUGUGGCAUCGAGCGUUACAAUCUGAACGAAACCAGAGCAUUGGAAAAGAUGAUUGUUGUAGGCUUGAUGGUGUUUUACUUUCUGAUACAAAGUGGAUAUGAAUCAAUCAUCAUUUCGUUGAUCUCAGAAGUUCCUUUUCAUCCAGAUAUAGAAACGUUAGAUCACCUAAGAGAAAAAUCCAUGCCACGAUCAAUGAUGCAGGAAAUAUUUCACAAGCAUGUAGUAACUGUUUUUGAAUCAGGUUUGUUUCUGCGUUGGUAUUCUCAUCGCCAACACAUGUAUACGACACGUACGAGUAAAGAGGGAGAAAAUGAAGACGGAGAUAUAGUUAAAUUUAAUGAUCUAGCACCAUUUUGGGCUGUUGUUGGUAUAGGAUGGACGCUAAGUAUUGUUGUGUUUAUGUUAGAACGUUUUACAAAUCUAAGUAUGGAACUUAAGCUGAAAGCACCGCAUAUUAAACGCAUUGAAAAUUAACCAGAAAUACAAAAAAGAAAAAAAUCAAACGAUACAUAACGAUCUAUUACAUCAAAACGCAUCCAUUCCUGUCAAUACACUGUGCUAAAUUAAAGAAGCCCUGUUUUGCAAUAAUUAUGGAUUUACAUUGCCGAAUACUUACUUACUUACUUAACCGGCGCUACAACCGCUUUGCGGUCUUGGUCUGCCUCAGGAGUGUCCGAAACCGCUCACGGUCUCGCGCCCUCUUCUGCCAGUUCGUUAUCCAUCUUGCCACCUCAAUUUGGGCCUACCACGCCUUCUCUAUCCUUGUGGACGACCUAAAAAGACUUUACAGGCUGGGUGGUCCGUUUCCAUGCGUACAACAUGUCCAGCCUUACGGAGCCUGGCGAGCUUGAUACACUGCACGACGGUGAGGUCGCCGUACGCCUCGUAUAGCUCGUCAUUACAGCGGCUCCUCCAUUGUCCUUCCACAUAUACGGGGCCAAGUAUGCUUCUGAGCAUCUUCCUCUCGAACGCGGCUAAGAGGGUUUCGUCAGAUUUGAACAGUGUCCAUGUCUCAGAGGCGUAUGUGAGUACCGGUACUAUAUAGGUACUAUAUAGUCCCAGCUUCGUCCGUCGCAACAGGUUCUUUGAAGUAAACUGAUUUUUCAGGCUGUAGAAUGACCGGUUGGCAGCCAACAUCCUUGCGCGCAACUCAGCUUCCAUGCUAUUGUCGUAGCUGACCUUUGACCCAAGAUAGGUGAAUUGUGGGACGAGUUCAAAAUUGCGUUCACCUAUCUGUACGUCACACCUACGUAGUUUCUCGCAGGGUCCACUGAUGUUGCCACCAUCAGUUUGGUCUUUGCCUCGUUUAUCUGCAAUCCGAGGUUCUGUUAGACCUGCUCGAUCCCUUGAUGGGCUUCUGCUACAUAGGAGAGCCGCAGACCAAUGAUGUCUAUAUCAUCAGCGUAUGCCAGGAUCUGGGUUGACUUAUAGAAGAUGGUUCCCGUAGUCUCCACCCUCGAGUCGCGGAUGGCCCUCUCUAGUGCCAGGUUGAAUAGGAGACAAGCAAGCCCGUCCCCCUUGCGCAGACCUUUGGUGGUAGCCAAAGGUCCUGAGAAUUUUCCAUCCACCCUCACCUAGCAAGUAACGUUGGUCAUAGUCAUUCUAACUAGCCUUAUCAGUUUGACCGGGAUUCCAAAUGAGCUCAUAGCGUCGUACAGUUUUACCCUGGUUAUGCUAUGCUGGCGAAGAGAUGGUAUGUGUCGUUUCUGUACUCAGCCAUCUUCUCCAAGAUCUGUCGCAUGGUGAAGAUCUGAUCAGUGAUUGAUUUUCGCUUCGGCAUCCUCUUUGAUAGUUUCCUACUAUCUCUUCGACGUGCGGGACAAGGCGAUCCUGAAGGAUCAGGGAGAAUGUUUUAUAGGCGGUAUUCAACACCGUAAUACCCCUGUAGUUGUUGCAGUCCAACCUGUCUCCUUUCUUGUAUACGGGGUAGAUGAUGCCGAGAUUCCAAUCACAAGGAAUCGAUUCGCUAUCCCACACCUCAGUAACAUUUUGAUGAAUCUCGUUUUCUAAUCAUGCACCUCCAUUCAUGACCAGUUCAGCUGCAAUUCCGUCGGUUCCAGGUGCCUUGUUAUUUUUCAGCCGACGGAUAGCCUUUUGUGUUUCCUCUAUGCUAGGUGGCAGUAGCAUGAAGAUAGUGGCUAGUGGAGCCUCUAGCUGUUCAUUAACCUGGUCGUUGAGUAAUUCCUCAAAGCUCUGAGCCCACCGCGAGAGGACC